AUAGGUGGAACAUUAUUUUAAAACACUGGCGCUGGUUCGUGACUAGGUUUUCUGAGACUCGAAGAAGCGGCGGCCUCGUUUGCUCAAAGAAAGAAAAUAAACAGAGGAGAGGACAAUUCUGCUAAACCCUUGUAAAACCCUGCAAAGACAAACAGCACAAGUUCUAAUUUUUCUCUGGAAAACCCUCGAUUAUCUUAUUCAGACAAAGAAACCAAUACCUUUUUUUUUUUCUUUUCUAUUUGUAUCUUCAAUGGCAACACCCUCGCAUGCUCAAGCUGUCAAGUCGCUCAAUAAAUCUGAGGGUCGUAGGCGCUUUGUUUUCAAGACUUUCUCUCAGAGAAUAGAUGAUAUUGAUAUUAAUGUAUUUAGAAGCCUAGAAAAAAUCAAGUCAGAGCCCUCUCAAGGUUCAACUUUCCUUUGUGAUUGCCUUAUCGAGUGGAGGGAAUUGAAUACAGCAGAGGAUUUCAUUUCAUUUUAUGUGGAAACAAUGCCUCUUGUACAGACCUUACCCUCGGUACUCUUGCACAAGGACUUGAUAUUUGAUAAACUUAUAUCCCGGUUACAAAUGAAAGCGAGAUUAUCUCUCGAGCCUAUACUCAGAUUGUUGGCAGCCUUCUCUAGAGAUCUUCUCAAAGAUUUUCUUUCAUUUCUGCCUAGGAUUGUUGAUUCCUUAGUAUCUCUCCUCAAAAGUGGUGCAGAUAGGGAGCCAGAUAUCCUUGAGCAGAUUUUUACUUCAUGGUCAUACAUUAUGAUGUAUUUGCAGAAGUAUCUUAUACGGGAUGUCAUACAUGUUCUCAAGGUUACUGUGAGGUUAAGGUAUUACCCAAAGGAUCAUGUCCAAGAGUUUAUGGCAGAGGCUACAUCAUUCUUGCUGCGGAAUGCACCUGUUGAGCAACUUAUAAAAGGUAUUAGGAAGACCAUGUUUGAAGUUGUGAAGAAACCAUUACCUAUCCGGAAAUCUGGAGUUAGUGCUUUGUUAUGUUAUAUUAUGUUAGGAACCUCAUCAAGGUUCCAUUCUGGAGCACAGAGAGUUUUGCGAUUAUUGGUGGAUAAUUCAAUAUUUGCCAUUGGUGAUAAGUUUCCUGAAGGCUCAGAUGCUAUUCUUGAAGUUGUGAUUACUUCCUUUCAAAAAUUAACUGAGGAGCUAGAAGCCAAGGAGUUAAAUCUAAUGUGGGAGUGCUUGUAUCAGGAAAUAAGCGAGACUCUAGCUCACGGGUCUUGCUUGCAUCUAAGUCGUCUUUUAUCGCUGCUAAUAUCUUCUCUUCAGGUUAAUAGUGGGCGUGGUAUUUUGGACUAUCGACGAAUGCUUGAAGUUGUAGAGUCCUUGGUGCUGAAAGUUGUAUUGCCUUCUAGCAAAGGAAAUGGUAGUUUAUCUGAUGUUGUUGAUAAAGUUCUGCAACUAGUGCUACACAUUCUUGAUGGACUCCACGGUUCUAAUAAUUUGUCUACCAUCUCUGGCUGUUUGUUGCAGUGGGCUCCUAUAUUUGAGUUAAGAAACACAAGUUUGUUAACUUUUCUCAGAGAACUACUGCUGAGGGACCCAUGUGUAAUAUAUUUUUUCAAAGAUUAUGCUUUAAGUGCUAUGAAUGAUCUGGUAGAAUCUUCACAAGAAGAAGUUUUAUACCUGUUACUUUCUUUCUUUGAGAGACUGCAACUGCAUCCUCAAAGCACUAAAUUCUUAGAUGAGAUGUCCGAAGGGAGACUUUCGAAGAUAUGUGAUUAUAUGCAAGGGGUUAUCAGUAACUGGAUCAAGCUUAUUAAUGACAUUACAAUUGGUAAUCCAUUAACUGCUCAAAUUGAUGAGGUCAAGUUGGCUAUCUUGUGGGGAAUUAUAAGCUGCUAUCCAUAUGUGUUCGAUGUCCAAGCGAGUGAAUCUGCACUGAUAGAGUUGAUAGAUGCCCUGCAGCGGCUUCUGAUGAUUGAGGAUGAAAGUAUUGCAGGAGUUUCCAAACACACUUGGGAGAGCCUAGUUGGUGCUGCUUUAGGUUCUCGUAAUAAAUGGCAUAAUGUAAAAAAGGUUGGAUUUGGAGAAAUUAGCAAAGUUUUAGACCUUGCCAAGGCCUGCAAAUCAUCCUCUCAAGUACUAUUUGCUGUCGCUGAUUACUUGGAUAAUGUGAAUGGGCCUGCAGUGCAAGCUGAUAGCAGGAAGGAAACAUAUCAUCCCUUGCUUAAAGGGGAGAAUAUGGUGGAUGCAGUUGGCAUAUUUGCUUAUAGUUUGUGCCACCCAGAUAAAGGAAUUCGUCUUCCUAGUCUAAGAAUUCUGUGCCAUUACGAGCCUCUCAAUUGUGAAACUUCUGCUAAGGAUCAGCAUGCUGAGAAGAAAAUGAAAACAGAGGUUUCUCAGGCUGGUAUUAUUGAUACUGAUGAAAGCAAUGUUCUUCAGCUCUUAAUGUCUAUUGAGGCUACUCCCCUUUCAAUUUCUACCAGCAGGAAGGUUACCUUACUGAUAUCUAAAAUACAGACGGGCCUCUCUGCUGGAAGGAUACCUAAAACAUAUGUACCUCUCGUUUUGAACGGGAUAAUUGGCAUCUUCCAUAAUCGUUUUAGCUAUCUAUGGGAUGCGGCUUCCGAGUGCCUUGCAGUUCUGAUUAGCAAUCACACUGGACUAGUCUGGGAUAAAUUUAUUUCUUAUUUUGACCGUUUUCAGUCCCUGAUACAAGCACCUGAUGUUCAACAUGACAGAGAUAAUGGAAAUUUAUCUGACUCAUCUAGUGAUCUUGUAAGGAGAUUCGAUUUGUUUGUGAAUCCUGCAUCUGAUAACACACCAGGCACAGCAGUUUUGUCCUUGUUGCUCCAAUCUUUGCAAAAGAUUCCUUCUGUUGCUGAAUCUCGAUCCCGUCAAAUUAUACCCCUAUUUUUAAGGUUUUUGGGAUAUGAUAGUGAUAAUCUUGUGAGCCCGGGUUCAUUCAAUUCAGACAUUUAUGAAGGGAAAGAGUGGAAGGGUAUCCUUAAAGAAUGGCUAGGCUUGUUAAAACUGAUGAGGAACCCCAGAGCAUUCUAUCGAAGUCAAUUUCUAAAAGAUGUUCUGCAAAGUAGGCUGCUAGAUGACAAUGAUUCUGACAUACAGGCAAGGGUUCUUGAUUGCCUUUUAUCGUGGAAAGACGACUUCUUACUCCCAUAUGACCAGCAUCUUAAAAAUCUAAUCAAUUCAAAAUAUCUGAGAGAAGAACUGACAACAUGGAGUUUAUCUAAAGAAGCCGGUCUAAUUGAGGAAGGUCAUAGGGUUCAUCUGGUGCCUUUAGUUGUUCGCCUCCUGAUCCCAAAAAUCAGAAACUUGAAAACGCUUGCUCCACGAAAGAAUGCAAGUGUACAUCUUCGAAAGGCAGUUCUUGGUUUCAUAGCUCAACUGGAUUCUAAUGAGCUCCAUCUUUUCUUUGCCUUGUUAUUGAAACCCUUGCAAAUUAUACCAAAUGAAGAUGGUUAUGCUUCUAAUUUGUUUUCAAACCCUAUCGAUGAGUUUCACUCCCUAAAUUUUCUGAAAUACUUCACCGUGGAAAAUAUAACAGCCCUUUCCUGGAAGAAAAGAUAUGGUUUUCUGCAUGUAAUUGAGGAUGUUAUGGGUGUUUUUGAUGAAUUUCGUGUCAGACCUUUUCUUGAUCUAUUAAUGGGAUGUGUUGUUCGGGUAUUAGCAAGCUGCAGUUCUAACAUAGACACUGCCAAGGUUGCUGAAUCCUCUCCUGUAAGUGAUCAUCCUGAUGCUGAGAUGAUCUCUGAUGACAAAGACAGUGCAGAGGCAAACCAUGUGAAGAUUGGGACGGGCAUGAAGCAGUUCAAAGAUUUGAGGUCUCUAUGUUUGAAAAUUGUUUCUCUUGUUCUCAAUAAAUAUGAGGACCAUGAUUUUGGUACUGAAUUCUGGGACCUGUUUUUUACAUCUUUGAAACCCUUAAUUUAUGCCUUCAAGCAGGAGGGUUCUAGUAGUGAAAAACCAAGCUCCUUGUUCUCUUGCUUUUUGGCUAUGAGUCGGAGCCUGCAACUUGUGUCCCUACUUUGUAGGGAAAGGAAUCUUGUUCCAGAUAUAUUUUCAAUUCUAACUGUUCCAACUGCUUCAGAAGCUAUUGUUUCUUGUGUUCUGAAGUUUAUUUCAAACCUGCUUGAUCUUGAUUGUGAGUUGGAUUACGAAAACUGUCCUAUAAAGAGUUUGAUAUGUCCAAACCUAGAAGCACUUGUCUGCAGCUUGCAUCAUCUGUUUCAGAGUGAUAAAGCAUCCAAGAGAAAAUUGGUCAGAUGUCCUGGGGAAACAGAAAUCAGAAUUUUCAAAUUGCUGUUGAAGUACAUCAGAAAUCCAUUGCUGGCGAAGAAAUUUGUUGAUAUCUUGCUUCCUUUCUUAUCAAAAAGAGUUCAAGGUUCUGACAUCUGUCUCGAAGCCAUACAAGUCAUUCAAGAUAUCAUUCCUGUGCUAGGGAAUGAGAGAACCCCUGAAAUACUUAAUGCAGUUGCUCCACUUCUUGUUUAUGCUAAAUUGGAUAUUCGAGUGUUAAUUUGCAAUCUUCUUGAAGCACUUGCUAGAACUAAUUCGUCUGUACUUGUGGUGGCUAGACAUGUCAGACAAUUAAAUGCAACCUCAGCUUUUGAGUUGGAUGAGCUUGAUUAUGACACUAUAGGACAGGCAUAUGAAGGAAUUGGAAUUGGAUUCUUCCAUUCUGUGCCAGUGGAGCAUGCAUUACUUAUUUUGUCACAAACUGUAUAUGAUAUGUCAUCAGACGAAUUAAUCUUAAGGCACUAUGCUUAUAGGUUAUUGCUUACAUUUCUAGAUUUUUCUGGCAAAAUUCUUGGCCAAGAAGUUACAGAUCAUCAUGAGACUGCUGAAGAGAUUAUGAAAGUUGAUGAAGGCUGUUGGACACGAGCAUGUGUUCAAUGCAUCAUUAACAAGUUUCUUUUAAAGCAUAUGGGGGAUGCAAUUAGUCGGGGAACUUCUGUGAGAAAGGAAUGGAUUGAUUUACUGCGAGAAAUGGUUAUAAAGCUUCCGCAGUUAGAGAAUCUUAAUUUUUUCAGAGCUUUAUGCUCUGAAGAUGCUGAUCAAGAUUUUUUCAAUAAUAUCAUUCAUUUACAGAAACAUAAGAGAGCAAAGGCUUUGUCUCGCUUUGCAGAUGUUAUCAAUAAAACCUAUAUGUCUAUGGAUAUCAUUAAUAAAGUGUUCCUUCCACUCUUUUUCAACAUGUUGUUUGAUUUACAACAUGGAAAGGAUGAACAUAUUAGAACUGCUUGCAUGCAAGCACUUGCUUCAGUUUCUGCUAAGAUGGAAUGGAAAUCAUACUAUGCAUUACUGCUUCGCUGCUUUAGUGAGAUGAAGAAGAAUCCAGACAAGCGGAAAGUUCUCUUACGGUUAAUUUGCUUUAUCUUGGACAGAUUUGAUUAUUCAAAAUUUUGUUCCAGUCAAGAAGCAAUAAAUUCCGUUGACAACAUUUUAGGUUCUGAAACCAAUAGUAUUGUUUCUUCAGCAAUGCAGAAAGGUGGCAGUUCUAUUAUGGUUUCUGAGAUACAGACUUCUCUUCAGAAAACUGUUUUGCCAAAGAUACAGAAAUUAUUGAGUUCUGAUUCUGAUAAUGUCAAUGUUAGUAUCAGUCUUGCAGCACUGAAACUUCUGAAAUUGCUUCCGGGAGAUGUAAUGGAGUCUCAGCUUUCUAGCAUCAUUCAUCGGAUUUCGAACUUUCUAAAGAACCGUCUAGAAAGUAUUCGUGAUGAAGCUAGAUCUGCAUUGGCUGAAUGUUUGAAGGUGCUUGGACUUGAAUAUCUGCAGUUUAUAAUUCGAGUUUUGAGAGCGACCUUGAAACGUGGAUUUGAGCUGCAUGUUCUAGGAUAUACACUUAAUUUUCUUUUGUCAAAGACCCUUUCAAGUUCUUCUGACGGGAGUUUGGAUUAUUGUUUAGAAGAUCUCCUUGGUGUGGUUGAAAAUGAUAUUCUUGGAGAUGUUGCUGAGGAGAAAGAGGUGGACAAGAUUGCUUCUAAAAUGAAAGAAACGAGAAAGUGCAAGUCUUUUGAAACCUUGAAACUGAUUGCCCAAAGCAUAACUUUCAAAAUCCAUGCAUUAAAGCUUCUUUCUCCCAUUACAAGUCACUUGCAAAAGCAUCUGACUCCAAAAGUGAAAUCAAAAUUGGAGAAUAUGUUAAAGCACAUUGCGGAUGGAAUUGAGUGUAAUCAAUCAGUAAAUCAGACUGAUCUCUUCAUUUUUGUAUAUGGCCUCAUAACAGAUGCAACUAAUGACGAAAAUGGGUCCGGUGUGAGUUCAAUUGGCACAGAAGCAAAUAAACAUGCAAAUGUUGUCAGUGAGAAAAUUGUUUCUCCAGACCGUGCUUUUAAAACAAAAUCUGCAUGUUCUCACCUUAUUACCACGUUUGCACUAGGGGUUUUACAAAAUAGAAUAAAAAGCAUGAAAUUGGACAGAAAUGAUGAGCAACUAUUAUCAAUGUUGGAUCCAUUUGUCCAAUUGCUUGGCAACUGCUUGAGUUCCAAAUAUGAAGAUAUUUUAUCUGCAUGCCUUAGAUGUCUUACUCCAUUGGUGAGGCUGCCUCUUCCAUCCCUUGAAUCCCAGGCUGAUAAAUUGAAGGUGACACUGUUGGGUAUCGCACAAGGUUCAGUGAAUGCUGGCAAUCCUCUUAUGGAAUCGUGUCUAAAAUUGUUGACUGUACUUUUGCGAAGCACAAAAAUCACAUUAUCCUCGGAUCAGUUACAUAUGUUAGUCCAGUUUCCAGUGUUUGUGGAUCUUGAAAGGAAUCCCUCCUUUGUUGCCCUCUCACUUCUAAAGGCAAUUGUUAACCGCAAGCUAGUGGUUCAUGAGAUCUACGAUAUUGUAGUUCAGGUUGCAGAAUUGAUGGUAACUAGUCAGGUGGAACCAAUUCGCAAGAAAUGCAGUCAGAUCUUGUUGCAGUUCUUACUUGAUUAUCAUCUUUCAGAGAAACGCUUGCAGCAACAUUUAGAUUUCCUGCUUGCAAAUCUAAGGUAUCAGCAUCCAACUGGGAGAGAAUCUGUGCUUGAAAUGCUCCACACAAUUAUGAUAAAAUUUCCUAAAGCCAUUGUUGAUGAGCAGUCACAGACCAUAUUUGUCCACCUGGUGGUGUGCUUGGCUAACGAUCAAGAUAAUAAAGUUCGUUCUAUGACUGGUGCUGUUAUAAAGCUCCUUAUUGGUUGUAUAAGCCAACAUUCGCUGAAUUCCAUUCUUGAGUAUAGUCUGUCCUGGUAUUUGGGUGAGAAGCAGCAACUGUGGAGUGCAGGUGCACAGGUAUUAGGAUUAGUGGUCGAGGUCAUGAAGAAAAAUUUUCAGAGGCAUAUAAGUAGCAUAUUGCCAGUGACUAAAAGAAUUUUGCACUCUGCUAUUGAUGCUUUUACCAACAUGCAGAUGGAUCUUCCUGAUGAAGCUGCUAUUCCUUUCUGGAAAGAGUCAUACUAUUCACUAAUUAUGUUGGAGAAGAUGCUACAUCAUUUUCGUGAUUUAAUAUUUGAAAGGGAGCUUGAGGUGAUUUGGGAAAUGAUCUGUGAGUUGCUGUUGCAUCCACAUGCAUGGUUACGCAACGUAUCCAAUCGCCUUCUUUCCUUGUAUUUUACUUCUGCAAAUGAGUCUAAAAGAGGAAGUGUUGUGAAGUCGAAUGGAUCUUUAUUUCUUAUGAAGCCAAGUAGACUUUUUAUGAUUGCUGCUUCUCUUUGCUGCCAACUGAAAGGACCUAUUGACGAUGAUGAGGCUGCUGUUAUGGAUGUAAAGCUUGGUGCUAAGAAGGAAAAUGAGAAGAACCAUAAUCACCGGAGUGGUUUGAUUGCAAAAAAUCUUGUGUUCUCUAUUUGUUGUCUGAACUCCUUGAUGAAAGAGUGGGCUGGUGUGAACCGCAGAGAGUUCUGGUCUACUUUUGAACAGCAUGAGCAGGAGCGGUUUCUUAAAGCCUUUCGAUUGCUUAAUUCGAGGGAAGCAACUGGGAUGCUUCUGUCCGUUACUGGUGCCACAGAUGACCAAAAUGAUGCAGACCAUUCUGAGGACCUUCAAUAUCUGCUUGUCUCAAAUCUGCUUAAGGAGCUGGGCAAGCUUGCUCUUCAAAUGGAGGCUAUUCAGAUGAGGAUUGUCUUCUAUAGUUUCCAGAAAAUUUUACCAGAAAUUGAUCAGGAUGAUUCUCAACAUUACGCGUCGCUAAUGAUGUUUCCGUUAUAUAAAGUUUGUGAAGGGUUUGCCGGAAAAAUUAUGACUGAUGAUCUAAAGCAAUUAGCACAAGAAGUUUUGGGGAGUAUUCGAAACAGUAUAGGCAGCCAAGAAUUUGCACAAGUUUACAGUGAGAUCAAGAAAAAACUAAAAUCGAAGAGGGAUAAAAGGAAAAGAGACGAGAAGCGCAUGGCUGUUAUCAACCCGGUCCGCAAUGCCAAGAGGAAGUUGCGGAUUGCAGCCAAGAAUCGUGCUAACAAGAAGAGGAGGAUAAUGGCAAUGAAAAUGGAAAGAUGGAUGCGGUAAAUCCCAUCCCUGUUUCUCCAUUAAAUCAUUAGGAAAUUUCGUUAGUUGCAUUGUAUAGUAAUUUACACAUGAUAUCAUUAACUUGGAAAGCCGUUGCAUUUUUCCCAAGAAAAUUUUGAGAAAUUCACCUGCUGAGGAAUCUGCCUUCACUUGUAACAGUUACGUAAUAUUCAAAUAGAAGUAAAGUUCAGUUAAUCUUUAA